AUGGAAGAUCCUCCUCUUGCCUCCUUAUCGCUAACACAUGUCCACUACAAUCCUAAUGACCCUAUAUCGUUUCUCUCGGCAUGGCUUGCCCUUGUUCCGCAAGGUCUUUGCGUCAUCUACGUGACCUUGAUUUGGGCGUCCCGUGAAGUGGAGAUUCUGCUCAUGUUUGCUGGCCAAAUAGCAUGUGAGGCUCUCAACUUCGGUCUCAAACGACUGAUUCGUGAAGAACGGCCACGACAGAUGUAUGGGAAAGGGUACGGCAUGCCCUCCUCGCACUCGCAAUUCGCGGCCUUUUUCUCGGUGUCGCUUAGUCUCUUCUUACUCUUCCGACAUGCUCCCACGCCAUCAACAAGUUAUUCGCCCUCGACUUUUUCGGAACGACUGUUACUCUCUCUUCUCGCAUGUAUGGGCGCGGGAGCCGUGGCUGCAAGCCGUGUCUACCUCAACUACCACACGCCCAAGCAAGUGUGGGCUGGAGCAUUGGGUGGAGCUUGCUUUGCUGUUAUAUGGUUUCUAUUUACCACCUAUCUCCGUCGGUUUGGAUGGGUUGAUUGGGGGCUGGAGACUUGGCUGUCUCGGAAGCUCAGGAUGAGAGACUUGAUCUCUACAGAAGAUAUUCAGGAUGCUGGCUGGGAGAGAUGGGAGUCACGUCGGAAAGCAAGACGAGAUAUUACUUCGAGCGAAGAAAGCAAGAAAACUAGGUAG